AUGAGGAUAAUUGACCCUCAAACCGCCGUCCUGACUAAUGUCGAGGUCCUGGCAUACCUAACCUCCAAUCCACCCCGCCGGCCGCCAAACCCGCCGCCAAACUCGCGCAAUUGGGUCCCUAGUCCCGAUCUUAGAGACCAUAAUACCGUUGUAAAGGAGAUCCACAACUACGCAAACCGUCUCUCUCCCCACCUUCUCAGAUACCCCCGCUACACAGCCCGACCCUCAUCCUCGCAAUCGCAAUCACAAGCCGCCAUGACCGGCACACUACAAGCCCAAACCUCAAUCACAGACCCAGACGCAGCAUCUUUGCCACCAACAAUCCCCUCUUUAGAACCAACACCUAUGGACACCGCCCUGCGGGAUCUAGUAACCCGCCUACAGCCCUACGGACUGACGAAAGCUGAGGUCGUCAUGAUCUUGAAUCUCGGUCUGGGAUUGAGUGCUACACCCCAAGCUACCGAGGAAGCUGAUGUGGAAUUAGCUAAUGGCGAGACGGCCAUGGAGGUAGAUGAGACGAAUGGGGAUGGACAGGAUGCGGAGGAUGAAGGUGAGGCAGCGGAGAUGAACCCUGGUGAUUUUACUGCUAUGGUCUUGCUGGAUGCUAUUGUUGAAGAGAGGGAUCUGAGACUCAGUGAUGAUGAUGUGGCUGCUAUUUUGACAAUUAUCCGGGAGACGCUUACUGCAGAUUAUGAGAACAUCAGAGGGUGA